AUGCCAAUGAUACUUUGUUCAGUAAAUGAUAAACAUAUUGUUUAUCGAGAUUGUUGUAAAGAUCUUCAUUUAUGUCUAUUAUAUAAUAGACAACUUAAAAAUAAUAUAUCUAUUUAUCAAACAAUGAUUGAUGCUAUUCAAGAAGCACGAAAUAAACUUGAAGAUUAUUGUUUCCCAUCUCAUCUUAAAAAUAAAAUAAUAAUUAUUUCAAAACAACAACAAAUAGUGCAUUUAGACACAGUUUAUGAUGGUACUGUUAUGGAAUAUGCUAAUCAAGCAUUACUUACUACAGCUUUUGCUAAUAAUUCAACAAUUAUUCGUAAUUUAUCUAUACAAAAAAAGCAUUUCGAAAUGGCAUUAGGUAUUUCAGAACUUGUUUAUUGUGAUUUUAAACCAGAAAAUGUUCUUCUUUAUCAAACUUUAAAUGAUAAUUCUAUACCAAAGAUAGUUGAUUUUGGUCUUAGUUUUCAAAUCGCAACAGCAUUAACUACAUUGGUUAAACAAUCAGCUGAUACUGUUGAUUAUGAUGUAUCUGAGCUUAUUAUAGAUAACAAAAUGCCAACUAAAACCUCAGAUAUUUAUGCAUUAACAUUUAUUCUUUAUGAACUUUUAAUAGUUAAAUGUUUUCUUAAUGGAUUAUAA